CCGGUUGGUUGCUGUAGUUACAGCUCGGGGUGAAGUGAAGCGCUCCUCCACCUGCUCUCCUCCUCCUGCGCUCUUCCUGAGAGCUUGCGUUUCAUUUAUUUUGUUAGUUUUUCUCUGCAGCAGGUGUCUGCAGGUUGGAGAUGCGUGCAGCCGUAAUCACAUUUGGCUGACAUUCUGCAGAUCUUCUCCGUGUCUGUGGUGGAAAUGCCAGCUGUGAGCCGGGAUAAAGAAGCUUCUGAGUCUCAGUCAGAAGAAGAGCUCGAGUGCCAUCCCUGUAUAGCCUGGAGUGGGAUCAGCAGGAGGAUCCCAGUUCUGCUCUUCCAUGCUGAAGCUAUUGUGUCCAAAGAUGAAACUGUUUGUUCUAUUGGAGAAAGAUACAACCUGGCCUUCAAGAUCCUACGUACAGAGAGUCGACUCGUGCGAGGCAUUCUUGUGAAUCAUGGAUUCCACGAGGUCCAUCCAAAUAGUAAUGAUUUCAACCUCCUGUGGACAGGCUCCCACCUUAAGACGUAUCUGCUCCGAAGUUUGCAAGAUUUUCAGAAAGUCAACCACUUCCCCAGGUCAAAUGAGCUGACACGGAAAGACCGGCUGUACAGAAACAUUCAGCGGAUGCAGCAGGCUCAUGGAUUUCAAAACUUCCACAUUGUACCGCAGACCUUCGUACUUCCUGCUGAGUAUCAGGAUUUUUGCAAUGCCUUCUCUAAGGACAAGGGUCCAUGGAUUAUAAAGCCUGUUGCAUCUUCCAGGGGCAGAGGCAUCUACCUGGUCAGCAGUCCAAGUCAGAUCUCAUUGGAUGAAAACAUUCUGGUGUCACGGUAUAUUAACAACCCAUUACUGAUCGAUUAUUUUAAGUUUGAUGUGCGAUUAUAUGUGCUGGUGACGUCCUAUGACCCGGUCAUUAUCUAUCUCUAUGAAGAAGGGCUGACUAGAUUUGCUACUGUGAAGUAUGACCAUGCUGUGAAGAACAUCAAGAACCAGUUCAUGCACCUCACCAACUACAGUGUAAACAAGAAGAGCAGUGACUAUGUGAGCUGUGAUGACCCUGAAGUAGAGGAUUAUGGGAACAAAUGGAGCAUGAGUGCAAUGCUGAGGUAUUUAAAACAGGAGGGAAAGGAUACCACAUUGCUGAUGGGUCAGAUAGAGGACCUGAUCAUCAAAGCUGUGCUAAGUGCAGAGUUACAGAUUGCUACGGCCUGCAAGACGUUUGUCCCUCAUCGCAACAACUGCUUUGAAUUGUAUGGUUUUGAUGUUCUCAUUGAUUCCAACCUCAAGCCAUGGCUUUUGGAAGUGAACCUCUCUCCAUCACUUGCAUGUGAUACUCCUCUUGACCUGAAAAUAAAGGCGAGCAUGAUCUCAGACAUGUUUUCUCUUGUAGGGUUUGUAUGCCAGGACCCUCUACUAAAACAGAUGCGGUCAGAUAAGGCUGGAUCUGAACCAGCUGUGAAGAACCACAAAAGUCAGCAUCAUUUCGUCGCACAGGCUGCAUCUGCCAAAUCCAAAACGAGACCUCAUUCUGCCAAUAAUCCUGAGGAUCUGAAAGAGAAACAGGGAGGCAGGCAUGUGGACACACUGGGCUUGACUGCAGAGGAGUUAAAAGUACUGAGGAGGACACAGGAGGAGCACGAGAGGAGAGGUGGAUUUAUCCGUAUUUUCCCCACACCACAAACUUGGGAGCUUUACAGCGGUUACCUGGAAUACAAGACAUCCAUGAACUCCAUGUUGGCUAAUAAACUUUUCCAUAAAAGGGCAGCAAAAUCCUCUGUGGCCAUGCAAUUCAAGAAUAGAUUGGAGGGUAACGUGCCUUCAGAGGAAAAAGUCUAUAAAAUCUGUCACGUAGUCCAGUAUGAGAGCAAAUUGCUGUCUCUUGAGGCACGAAGGCACAGAAAAAGGCAUACGACUAGUGGCGCCACCCUUCGGAGACGGAAAACUGGUCGAAGGCCAUUAACAUCAUUAGUCCACAGCAGUGAACAUGAGGAAGCCGAUGAAGGCGAGGAGCAAGGACCACAGGGAAAGCAGGAGCACACAAUGUUUCUGGCACACACAGACCCUCAGCCCACCCUGUUGGAGAGGCACCGAACUAAAGAACACUUUCCAGCUAGAGUCAGCAAACCCAAAGUGGAUCUGCUCCAUAUUCUCCAGCAGGGGUGGGAUCUCAGUAAAGUUCAGGCACGCAUGGCUUUCUCCUCCUACCUCCACCGGGUUCAGAUGAGGCUGCUUGUAGAGAACAGAGCCAACAGUAACGAUGUCUGGGCACAAAAGGACAAUGACCAGAUGGAGCUGAUAAUGCGUUUUCUGAUGCGAGCUGCCAGUAACCUGCAGCAGGACAUCCAGGUGGUUUUACCCAGCCCUGAGCUUCCUCAGCCUGACCGCCGACACAUACUGGCUCAUCAGCUUGGGGAGUUCAUCCACUGUUAUAACCAGGAAACAGAACAAAUGGUCAAAUGUUUGGAGAAGACUGAAGAUGAAGAUCGAUGCGUCAAUUCCAAUGUGUUUCAGGAGUUUAUUUUAGAAGCAAGUGAAAGUGAUCUAGAAGAUGUCCUGACUUUCUACACGCACAAAAACAAGUCCUCCAGUGUGUUUUUGGGGAGUUCCAAAAGAGACUGCAAAACAAAAUGCGGUAACAGCUCGGAAGAGCCGGCAAAACGUCACAGCAAGAGAACUGUGUUAAACGCCAGAGAAGACGUUAGUGCUUCAGGAUUGUUGCUGACUGCCAAGGCCGACUCACCAAAAAUCGAAGAAAUCAAAGAGAGUGUUUCCAGACCAGGAUACAACAAAAGCAGUAUAACUGUGAACAUGAACAGCCAUAGUAACACAAUCCAAAAUAGUGACAAAUAUAGAACAUUAAAUAACGGUGAACACAAAAACAACAAAAUUCAAAAUGGAAUUGCAGUGACAGAGGGUCAGCCUGAGGCCUUAACAGCCCUAGAGAUUCGAACAAAUGAAAGCAGAGCAAGAGGCUUACACGAUGGAGAACUUUGGAGUAAAAAAUCCAACGUGGCUCUUGUUGGAAAUAUUGAUGAAGCGUCAAAAAACAUGAAAGAUAUCAAUAAGCAGCCUGAAAGUGCAAAAAGUUAUAAAUGGCAAGUCAGGGCCCAGGGUUCUCAGCACAUUUCAUCUUAUCGUGCAGUCCUAGACUGUGAGCAUAUUCGCCUGCAGCAGCUCUUUCCACGAUCUCAACCUGAAGCUCAGCCCCAGACUCAACCUCCUCCUUAUAUCCAUCCUCCCCCACACCUGCAUGCUGAAUCCCAAAGCAAACUACAAACUACUUUAUCAUCUUCAUCCACACAUUCUGUGCGGCCUACGCGGGUAAUGUGGGCUUCUUCAGAUUCAUGUUCACCGACAUCAACUCCUGAUGUGCUACAACAAACCCCGACAUCACAGGCUGUACAACUGAUUGCUAGUGGUGUUUCAUCUUCCAGUACCCAUAGCACAAACAUGUACAGUCGGAAAGUAUUGUGGCCUUCUUCUGCAGUGCAAGUGAGUAAUAAGGCCAGUAAGUCCAGACCUGCUUCUGCUGCAGUGUUGAAGGAGCCAGAUUCGCUCUCAGCCCAGGCCCAGUCAAAUCAGCAGGCUAUAGUGGCUGCCCUGAAGAAAUUAGUAGAGAAACAAGCAGCUCGCCAAUACACCACCUCCAGCCACAUUAGUCUCCUUACACAGCAUUUGACGAACCUGAACUUAACUAAAGGAGUUUUCAGCAGAGGGGUGCAGAACAUCACAUCAGGUCCUCGGCCCAAAACAUCGACAUCUCAAGACUCUGGAAUGAACCUCUAUGGUGUUGUGAGUCACAGUAAGGGUGAAUCUGAUGGAAAGUGCCAGAGUGGCUAUGAUUUGGCUACUGGAACACCUUCACAGCCAACAUUAGGCAGCUAUCAGCUCCAGUUUACUAUCCAGCAGCUCCAGCAGCAGAAACUACAGUCCAGGAAGCUACUGGACCAGAGCCGCUCUCGACAUCAAGCCAUGCUGAACGGACACACGCUUGUACCUGGUGCUGUCCCUCGGAACCCUGUUCCCACCAGCUGCAGCUUGCAGGUUACCUCACAUUCCCAGACCAGCAUGAAGCAGACCGCAAGUCAGAGAGAUUUAAACCCUACUGAAACCCUGGUCCCUACACAGGGUUCCACCACUUUGAUUCCCAAACCUCCUAGCAGCACACUCUUAGACACACUCUCACGCAAGACUUCCACUCAAAAGACCAACAAGCAAGAACCUUAUGAGGCUCCAUGCGGAAAUGGCUUAUCCAGUCGACAAAAGGUUGUCUAUGACACCACAUGUGGAAAAACGGGUCUGUCCAUGUACAGCAAAUUAUUCCACACUCACAGAUCCAGACCUAGAUGACUGAGCGAGGGCUGGUUCAGCGAUUACCUGCUGGUGUUGGAUUUCUUCACAGAAACCAUUUUUAUCAUUCAGACCCGAGUGUGACUACGGUUUACCAUGAGGGAAUAGAAGCAUCUAUUAAAUGAAUAGUUCGACUAAAAUGUCUACAAUUCUUCCAUUCUUCCCAGAAUACAGUGAAUCAUUUGAGGUGUAUAGGGUAAAAGAAAAUGUGCUUUUUCACUUUUUCCACUGCUGCUACAAGUCUAAUGUGGAUAAUAAGAGAGGGGAACUUAUAGCUGCAAGCCUCCAUCACAUAAUUGCCCUAAAUCUGUUGCUAUAUAAUCCCAAAUGGCCUGCUGUCACUCAUUGUUAGCUAUUAUACUAGGUUGCAUUAUUGCUAUUGUCAGGUAUCGCUUUCUUUAGCAGUUAGUUUGGUGUUACAACGCACAAGCAUCAUGUUUAGGUAGGAGUUAGAGAUGAAAUUGUUCAUACAACUCUUUGUGUCUGACAAUCAUUUAAUAAGAGCUACCUUUAUUUAUUUAUUUUAAUAUCUUUAUUUUAUGUAGCUGUUUAUGGAUUCAUGCUAUAAUUAAGCCAAUCACUGUCCUUUAAAACUAAUAAUUUAGACGUUCCACUUAGCAUCUAUAGCUUACAAAUACAAAACUAAAGCAAACUAAACACGUUUGUGUAAAUAUAUAUAUAUAUAUUCCUUCCUAUUUCUGUAUUUCUAAAAAUAAUACAGUGACUUCCUCACUCUGCAGCUAGCAUACCAUCAACAUGUUUUAUAUUCUCUGCUAGCUAAUCUUGUUUCACUGUUAUCUCACUUCAUGUCCCGGCCUCCGCACUAGACAAGAAUCAUAUCUUUUCUUCUGGUGGAGGAACAGCUGACAAAUGCUGCUACCCCUGAGACCGUGUCUGACAUAAAACCGACCUUAUUUAUUUUUUUUGGACAGCAUGUGGCUGUGAGGAUAGCAUGCUGUGUAAGAAAUCCCUGGCUUUGACACGAGCGCAGAUCUGUUCCAUGGCCCAAGAUUUUCCGGUGGCCUUCAGUUCCUCCCCGUCCUAUUGCUGCAGUUGUCCAGCCCCAUUCUCACCCUGCAACUGCUGCCAUCAAAAGACUGUGAAUAGACUGGCAACAGCAGCUGCUAACUCCACUCAGCCUCUCAGUCUGAGCACUAGAACUGAUCAGACGAGUAAGCUGAUGAUUUUUAUUCUUAUUAUACCACAACUAAUUAUUAUUAUUUAUUAAAACACAUUUACAGACUAGAUCACUAUUAUGUUGUAGUUGUCUCCAGGGCAAGUAAUUUUCUUUAUGUUCUUGUGGCUGUAAACAAUUAUUACCUCAGCGGCCUCGUUUAUUCACUGAAAAACAAAAACAAGUCCUCUGUCGUGAACCCCUUACUGAGCUUCACAAAGCUAUGACACUGGUGUAAUGGCAUUAUGUAGGGAGGUGGUACCGUAGCUCAGUGAUUACGGCAUUAGACUUUGCAUCAGACUGUCAUGAGUUUAAAUUCCAGCACCAAGCUGUCAGAGCUGGGAAAGGCCUUUAAGCCUCAAUUGAUCAGUUGUCUAACUGUAAUUUUUGUAUCAAUUUUUAUUUAUUUAUUUAUUUUUAACAAUCCAUUUAUAUUGAUUUCCCAGCAUACAAGUCCUUGUGGAUACGCUGAAAUGAUGAAUUCUUAGAAUAAGCGCUUUCAUAUAAACACUUUAAGAUUCAAGAAUGCUGAUUAUAAAGAGCAUUAAGGCUGAUUAAAAAGAGCAUUAGUGUUGAUUAUAAAAUAUUGCCAAAGGACAAUUCCCUGGUAGUAGAGAUUGUGAUCAGAACACAUACCCUCACGUAUCAGUAAGCACUAUGUCAGUCGAGACCAUAAUCCUUUCCACAAGUGCCUCGUUACGGUGCCACAGUCUGCUUGUGUAUUGAGUUUUAUUACUUUGUGUGAUGUAUUUUAUGAUCACUUCCCAAUGUACUGCACUCCUGCUAGCCGAGUAAAACGACUGAAUCUAAAGGACAUAAUGGCUCUAUUGUAUCAACGAUUGGUGUACUUCAUUAACAGUCCAUGGUUGAUAAAUCAAGGGAUUCUUUUCAGUGUCUUUCUAUUAAAAAUGUAAACGCGUAACCAUUCAGCAGUGUACACAAUCCAUUUACAACUCGACAGGGCAGAAUUCCCAUUUCAUGAAGAGUCAAAAGUUGAAUAUUUUAGACAGCCUGACAGUCUACAAGACUAAUUGUUGGGUUCUGUUAAUGUUUUGCAAAACCACAACAUAUUCUUUGACACAAGUUAAUUAGAAUAAAUGGCAUUUCUCUGUUUAGUUACAGGUCAUUCGUUAUUUUUAAUCAAAAUGUCUGGCCAGGAAUUUACUGUAUAUUAUUGAUGUAUGCAAAAUAAAGCCUGAUGUUCCCCAUUGA